GCAAUCACUGCGGGCAUUCAAAGCCGGCCGCCGCUGCCGCCUCCACCUUGGCCGCUUUCUCUUCCCCGGAGUCCCGCCCUGCAUGGAGAGGCGUUGCUCUCUCGCCCGCCGUCGGCGCGGCCGCUGCGUCCCUCUCCUUCCUCCUCCCGGGGAGCUUUUAAAAGCGCCUGGGUGCCUUUGCGGAGCUCGGGCGCCCGGUUCUGGAGGGGCGACGGCAGCGAGACUCGGAAGAGCAGGACGCCGCCAUGGCCUCGCCUGCAACCGCGGAGAAGUAUAUCUUGGGUGUGGACGUGGGCAGCACGGUGAUACGGUGCCAUGUUUACGACAAGGCGGCGGUGCUCAAGGGAGCCAAAGCUAUGCAGGUGGGAGCUGUGGUGGGGAGGAAGGGCGGGAGGGGGGGAUACAAGCCGCGUCAGAAGGUGCAGCUCGAUUUUAACUCGUGUCUACCUAGAAAUAAGUCCUGUUUGCUUCUGUGGACAAACACAGACGUAAGAGUGCAGCCUCUUUAACCACUUACGUGGGAGUGAUAUGCCUAGGAUUGUACCCAGGAUCACAGAAUCCUAGAGCUGGAAGGGACCCCUGGGGGCCAUCUAGUCUAACCCCCCGCAAUGCAGGAAUCCUUUGGCAUGAAGGAUGAGUCUCCUGCUUUAUCAGCUGAGCUAUCCUUUGUGUGUUUCUCCUUCCUGUUCCUUUCUUUUCUCUCUCCUCCCCUCCAUCCGAAAGACAAAACAAAGCCUGGCUCCUGUUCUGUUAGUUCCCUGAUGCUUCCACCAGUCACUCAUUAGUCAAACCGGCUCAUGUACCGCAACAUUUUGUUGCAGGCUCUGAUUGCUGUGUAGUAUGAAUGCGCCAGCCUUCCGCAGCACAUAGGCACAUGAGAGCAUCAUAUACAGAGGUGUUAAAUGCUGGUAACAUAGCAACCUUCUUGAUUCCUAGAUCAACGGGAAGGGAAGAAUGGGGGAGACCCUGUGGGUAUUGGAGCCUACUGUAGGACUUGCGCAAAAAAUAUAUAUAAUUGUUUACUACAAAGAACCUAAUGAAGCGUAGCACUGUGUUGCUGAGCCAAUGUGUUGAAGAGCAGGAAGCUCUUCCUUGGAAAAAAACAUUUGUUACUGUGUUUUAAUGAACUGGUUUGCGCAAUCCGCAGUAUAAGGAUUAUUGUUCUUUGCUGUUAGUUCCUGUCCCCCGCCCCCCCCAUGUCUGUAAAAUAAAUCACACAAGCUGAAUUUGAAAGGCAGAAGCAGACUUGGGGUUGGAAAGUUUGGGAUGUUUCAGAGGACUAAGCGACAAAGCUCAGAGAUUCCUAUUGCAGAUUAAUUGGUUAUAGAACAGGCUGUGCACAUUUUGUCUGUACGUGCACGUUGGUGCUUGGUGAUGCAACUGUUUCCAAGUUCCAGUAAGCUGACAUGUUGCAAUGCAUGUUUACCUUCUGUCAGCAUGGUCCUAGUUUACAUUUAUCAGUUCAAGGAACUACAGUGGUACCUCAGGUUACAUACGCUUCAGGUUACAGACUCCACUAACCCAGAAAUAGUGCUUCAGGUUAAGAACUUUGCUUCAGGAUGAGAACAGAAAUCGUGCUCCAGCGGCGCGGCAGCAGCAGGAGGCCCCAUUAGCUAAAGUGGUGCUUCAGGUUAAGAACAGUUUCAGGUUAAGUACGGACCUCCGGAACGAAUUACGUUCUUAAACCGAGGUACCACUGUAUAGUAUAGCGCUAGGAUAAUGUCACUUAGAGUGAUCUGAUUGGGUCAAACUGCAUGUUGCAUUAAAUGUGUGCUUCCAGUUACCCCUUCUCUUUUACCAAAAGCAUCUGUGGGUACUUAAGCCAGGUUAAUGAGGAGAGGGUUUCCCUGCUGCAAUUUAUCACUUGAUGCUGAUAUUUAAGGGCAAACAUCAGUUGUGGGAGGGGACUUUUGAUGGGAAAGUGGCACAAGGAAGAAAGUUUCUCUGCAGCGUGAUCCCAACUCAGAUACAACUGUCUCCGAGCUGCUUUUUGUUAAAUAGAGACAAUUGUUAGCAUGCCCUUUAAAGUAUAUACUUGACAUAACCUGUGGUGUAGUUUGGGCUUCAGCCUUGUGUUAUUUGCAACACAUGUUAUCAUGAUUAAACUUAAGUGUUUAAUGACAGAAGGAAGAAACUAAUUAACGGAGUGCAUUUGUUUACCUCUAUGGAGGAUUACUUAUGUCUCUGUUUAUUCAAAAUACCUUUAAAUAGUGUUGUCCUGUACAUGUUUACUCAGAAAUAAUUAUUGCUGAAUUCAUUGUUGCUUAGGAUUGCACCCAUGUGUGUCUAUGACAAGAAGACAAAGUGCUGUGCUAGAAAAUUAGGUAGCAAUUCUAUACAUGCCUGCAACAACACACUUGAAGGAGUUUGGCCUAACAUAGGUGCCCUCGACUGGAGGCUGUCUGGGUGGGUCCAGGGGGUUAAUGGUUCUUUGUGGGAUGGUGUGGUGCCGCCUGCAUGAAGAAAGCAAUUAUGGUAAGACCCUUCUCAAGAAGCCCCACUUGGGCCCAGAGUUUUGUGAUAACUACUGUCCAGUUGCAAAUAUCUUCUUAGUAAACUUCUCAAGUAGGUGUGCUUAAAAGAAGGCUGUCCAGCUACAUUUUAGUUCAGCUUAAAAAGCAGUUAUGGAACCCCUUACCUGUUACUUUUAAUGGGGGAGGGACAAGAGGAAUGUGACUCUGUUGAUUCUUUUUCUUUUUAAAAUAUAUGCUAUUUAUUGUUUUUUUGAAAGGAAUAUGAGAACAUAACACCACCAUCCCCUUCGCACAUUUCUCCUACUCACCCCAGAACACAGAUUCCUAUGGGAAAACGUAAUUCCAAAGUCCUAAUCUUUUGUUUCCAUUGUGACAUUUGUGAAUGUUCCAAAGAUUCCCAGUUUUGGACAAGAAGUUGUCAAGCUGCUGCUAAAAGAAAAGUAACUAAUUCUUUGAUUGUCAUUUUCACUUUUAGAGCUGGUUAACAGUACUAAUUUUAUUUGUAAUCAGAAUGUUAAUCAACAACAUUCUUCCAAAAUGGCUGUAAUUAGUCACUUGCCUGCUACAUAUGUAUAGUGGCUCUAACCUCUUUACACCCUCUCCAGCAAAGAAGAGAAAUAGCUUUGUUAAGGUGACUAUAUCUCAAAGGUGAUAAUGCAGAGACAUCACCUUGCUGACAAAGGUCCGUAUAGUUAAAGCUAUGGUUUUCCCAGUAGUGAUGUAUGGAAGUGAGAGCUGAACAUAAAGAAGGCUUAUUGCUGAAGAAAUGAUGCUUUUGAAUUAUGGUGCUGGAGGAGACUCUUGAGAGUCCCAUGGACUGCAAGAAGAGCAAACCUAUCCAUUCUUAAGGAAAUCAGCCCUGAGCGCUCACUGGAAGGACAGAUCCUGAAGCUGAGGCUCCAAUACUUUGGCCAUCUCAUGAGAAGAGAAGACUCCCUGGAAAAGACCCUGAUGUUGGGAAAGAUGGAGGGCACAAGGAGAAGGGGACGACAGAAGACGAGAUGGUUGGACAGUGUUCUCGAAGCUACCAGCAUGAGUUUGAGUAAACUGCGGGAGGCAGUGGAAGACAGGAGUGCCUGGCGUGCUCUGGUCCAUGGGGUCACGAAGAGUCGGACACGACUAAACAACUAAACAACAACAACAAUGUAGAAGCUUCAGAGUAUUUUCCUAUAAAAGCAUGGAUGCUGACUUUAAUAGCUUCUUAGCCCACAGGCUCUGCCAAUCUACCCCCCCCCCAUUACUGUCUCUAGAUCUGAUUCUUGACUAUGUUAUAUCAAAUUUGUUUGGCCUAAUUACGUGUCACUAAUUAUUUCAUAAUUAUUGAUAGUAUAGGCUUCGAUUUUGCAUUAGUGCUUGUAAUUAGAUUUUCAAAUGUUGAUAGAGGUUUGGAAGCAUGUGCAAUAUCUGUUGGAUUUGUUAGAAAAUUUGUAAUGGCGUUUAUAUUUCGCCAACUCCUAAUGUUUUGUCUUGUGUUGCAUAGUUCUUGCUCACCUGUCAGGGGUAUGCCAUCUGCGUAAAAGUUUCAUAGUCUGAAUGAAUCCAUCUUCCUCCGUUGCUAACACAAAGUACCGUACUUCGUUUUUCUAUGUAUCUGCCUCUUUCAUUUCUGCAGGGACCAGCCCCUCAUACCAUGAAGCACUAACCACACUCUGGACCCAACCAGUCAGGCCCCCUCAGCCGGAAGGGACAGGGUCAAGGGAGCAUGUGGUCAGAUGCAUUGCCAUCAGCACCUUGUCCACAUCAACUGAUUCACCUUAUGUAAGCUGGUCCCACUAAGCAUCCUCGAUAGCAGCACUGGGUACUUCAACUAGAGCUGCAACAAGACACCAGCAGAACUGUGUGGAUUAGUGUCGUAACCAGCCAUUGUGUACCAGUUGAAUUUCUUGUUUGCUCUGUACAUUCCUCACUUCUAUAUAGGUCAGAAACAUUUCCCCAGAUGCAAUCAAAAGCAGAACUCCCUAACUUUGUACUUGGCAGUGGUGUAUGACGCCUUAAUCUCACUUGUGACCCAAACUUAAUUUGAGCUACGGCUUUCUGACUAGAAACCUGUUUCCAUACAUUAUUAUUGAGGCACGUUUGCUUACAAACCCAACUAAACUAACCUGUUCAGGUUGAUACAGAGAGCAGUUUUACUUGCGCUGUAUUGUCUCUGUGGGCCAGCUGUCCUAAAGCUGAGGCUCCAAUACUUUGGCCACCUCAUGAGAAGAGAAGACUCCCUGGAAAAGACCCUGAUGUUGGGAAAGAUGGAGGGCACAAGGAGAAGGGGACGACAGAGGACGAGCUACCAGCAUGAGUCUGACCAAACUGCGGGAGGCAGUGGAAGACAGGAGUGCCUGGCGUGCUCUGGUCCAUGGGGUCACGAAGAGUCGGACACGACUAAACGACUAAACAACAACAACACUCUAAGCAAAACUUAGUCAAACAUGACUAUUGCUUGCCAGAAUUUAACUCUCGAAACAAGGGAAUUCAGACUUUUAAAGGUAAAACCUUAGUAUAUGCAAUUUUAAAAAAAACAUUUCUAUAUUGGUCUUUAAGGGUUUGCCAUUGAUUGGCUUCACAUGGGCUCACUUUCUUAACUCUUGGGAUUGUAAUAAUAAUAAUAAUAAUAAUAAUAAUAAUAAUUUAUUAUUUAUAACCUGCCCAUCUGGCUGAGUUUCCCCAGCCACUCUGGGCGGCUCCCAAUCAAAUAUUAAAAACAAUACAGCGUUAAAUGUUAAAAGCUUCCCUGAACAGGGCUGCCUAGUGUAUGAAUAAUCAAGCUGGCACAGUUGUAUAGCUUGCAACAGCUGGAUAUCAACAUCUCCUAAAUGGAAGUGUUAGUUCACAUUGUUAAAAGUUGGUGGUUGCAAGACUCCCUAAAUUCCGGAUCAAGCUAUAGUUAGAAUUUAAUUAAUGCUUCGGGGAAAGGCAGGGGAGAAUUUAAUUAUGGCUUAGAGUGCUAGAGUUGUGCUACUCCCAUGUGUGUAUUGGAGCUAAGCCACUGGAUGUGUCCACAGCUACUUAAGUCAGCACUAGCCUCCUGCAUGAGCUGAUAGCCCUGGGGGGGCGGGUAAGGAUUGAUUAGGACACUGAAAAAUCCAGGGCAAAUCUCAUUUGCAAAUGAGUGGGCUCCUUACUUCAACUGAGAGUUAGUUUAAAAGACAAUGCCAGUGUUUAUAUCAGAGUUUAAUUAGGUUAAAAUUUAAUUGCAGAAGAGUUUAAUUGCAGAGUUGCGAUUAGGAGUUAUGCAACAGAUAUUGUAAGCAGCAGGCUGGAGAGAGUCAGAGAUCAGUGGUUGAGAGCAGUGGUUGUGGUCUCCUUAAGUUCAAGGCUGCUGUGGCUAUGGGAGAAGCCUCCUGCGGUGUUAAUGCUGUGAACGCCUUUGUUGUAGGCUCAAGUUGUAGAUAUGUGUAAAUAAACCAUAUAUCAUAGAGACACUACAGUCUCCACUGUGCCUCAUUUCCCAAAAGGAAAUGCCUGGAUAAAGAUGCCUGGAACCCCUGAAAUCUCACGCAGCUCCGAGAUUGGAAUGGCAUGUAACAAUAGAGUUUGCAUCUCCAUGCCAUUUGGAUUAGGUUACCUAUCCACUGGCGGACCCAGAUGCUCCUGGAGGGCAAUUGCAGAUUUGUGGAUUGAAUUGUGUCUAUUAAUGAUGGGACCAGCGGCGUAGCGUGGGUUGUCAGCACCCGGGGCAAGGCAAGUAAUUUGUGCCCCCUAACCCCUAACCUCCCGCCGCUGCCAGCUUCUUCUUGCUGCUGCCUGGGCUGGGCUGGUGUGGUUCUCUCCCGCGCUCAGCGCUGCGCUGGGUGGCCGCUGCACUGUCCCUCCCCCAGAUAGUCCCCCUCUCUCUCUCCGCACCGCACGCCUGGCACCCACCCCCUCCACAGUGGGCGGCGACCCAGCGGCUCGGAUCGGAUUCGCACAGCCAGCACUGCAGUGAGAGAGAGUGAGUGAGCCAGGUAGGGGCAGAGAGCUGCGAGUGCGAGCGCCCCCCCCGAUGUUGCGCCCGGUGCGGCCUGCACCCCUCACGCUACGCCACUGGAUGGGACAAAUGGACUGAGUUCAUUCGUCAUCUCAUUCAUCCUUACAAUAAUUGUAUGAAACAAGUCCUUUUUAUUCCUAUAGCCAAGGACACUGGGAAAUCUGUAAAUUUUCUAUUUCUGAUCCUUAGUUUUUUCACCAACUGGACAAUGACUGCUCAGCUGGAACACUAACAGUUGUCACAUUAUUGAAUUCAGUAAGGGAAGCUACAGUAGGGCAAAGCUGUAUCUUUAAAAUGCUUUGUGUGCAAGAGGUUCAGGUUCAGUCUCCAGGCAGGACUGGAAAAGCCUUUUGUCUACAACUCUGGAGACUGUUUUGCUGACAAUACUGACCAAUGUUCUGACUCUGUAUAAGGCAGCAGCUUAUGUAGCAAGAAGUGAGCAUAAUCUUGCAUUGCUUAUUGAGUUUGGCCAUUGUUGACCCUCUGGCAGUGUAACCACCUUUGUACAAGUUGCAUCCUACUGUCACCACCCUUCACCUCCCAGGCAAUUCCAAAGGUUCCCCCAACACUCUGGAGCAGAUUUUGGGCAGGGGCACAAGGACGCAGAGGGGGAAUUGGCAAAAAUUGCCCCUCUUCCUGUCCUAUUGACAGAAAACUCCACAGGAUUCAAGAGCCCUCUGUCAGCACAAAGGAUACCAUUAGAUACACUGCUGUAACUUUAAUCUUUUCUGGAAUUUUUCAAGGCUCUAGCAAAAGCUGGAUCUCAUAAACUGUUACAGCAGAUAAAGCUACACUGGAACUAAUUUAAUAUAUAGCAGUGGUCUAAUAUGGUAUAAAAGUUUUCAUAAUAAUUAAUAGGACAGUCUGACUUUUUGUUGUUUGUAAUGAUUGUCACUUUGCUGGCAAUUUCAUAUAUUCUUUGUAUUUAAUUUGAUAUGAAGUUAUGGAAUUCAGAUAGAGAAAAUGCCUGUAGAUUUAACAGGAGUUUUUAUGCUGUAUUUUUAUGUUGUGAACUGCCCUUCAUCUAUGGGCAGUUCAUCAAUGUUCAUCAACGUUUCCUUAACAUUGCUGCAAUUAUGACUUGAUUCUCUCCUGCCUAGUCAAACAUCUUAAUAAAGCUUUCUAACAGUUUGGUGCUUUAUACUCUGUUCUGAGCCAAGAUAAUGAAGCAUUGUAAAUUUGAGGGAAUUGAACCUGAUCCAGAUUUCUUUGCAUCACCCAUUGAUAUGCAAAAAGGAUGUACGUUGGAUCUUCAUUCCCUACAGAAACAAAUACAAUUUAAGUACAGUGGUACCUCGGGUUACAUACGCUUCAGGUUACAUAUGCUUCAGGUUACAGACUCUGCCAACCCAUAAAUAGUGCUUCAGGUUAAGAACUUUGCUUCAGGAUGAGAACAGAAAUCGUGCUCCGGCGGUGCGGCAGCAGCAGGAGGCCCCAUUAGCUAAAGUGGUGCUUCAGGUUAAGAACAGUUUCAGGUUAAGUACGGACCUCCAGAACGAAUUACGUUCUUAACCGGAGGUACCACUGUACAACGCUAACAUACAGUCAUUUGUAUUUGACUGACAUAUAAGUUGCGUUGAGGGUAGGAAAGUUGGGGGUAAGCAUAAUUAAAAUAAUCAAUAUUCACUCCAUGUAGAAGUUAACCAGUAAUCUGCAUGUAUAAGAAUUGCAUAACUUAUUUUUUUCAUUGUGGAGUGUGAACAUAAAGUUUGUGUGAAAACUCUGCCCAGUACAUGGACUGCAAAACCCCUCAUCUUAUGUAUGUACCUAUUCCACAUUGAUUCCCAAUGGCUACAAUUAACUUGUUGUAACACUGCUUUGAGUAUUUUUAAACGAUGCAAAUUCUGUAAAAGAAGCACACAGGCAGCCUUUAUUGUCAGAAUUUCUUGGUCUUGCUGGACCUCCCAGUGGCUUUUGUUAGUAUUGUGAUCACGGUAUCCUUCUGUCUCAACUGGGUUUUGAACUCUGGCCCUUCUUGGAGAGCCAUUCACAAAGAGUAGUGCUGGGAGAGUUCAGUUCCACCCCACCGUCUUUGGUUUGUGGGGUGCCUCUGAGUUCCAUCUUAUUCUCAGUGCUCUUCCAACAGUCCAUAUGAAACUGCUGAGAGAAGUCAAGCUGAAUAUUUGGACUGUAACUGCCAAUCAGCAUACUGAUGAGACACGGCUCCAUCUUUCUUUUCCACCUACAAAUUCCAGUGAUACUAUACAACUCAUGAACAGGUGCCUGGAUACAGUUGAGGAUGGAUGAAGGAGAAAAGGCUGGAACUUAUUGCAGAUAAAACAGAGGCCCUGUGCAGUGGGAGAUCUAUCAAUGAGGACAGAAGAGGUAAACUCAGUAUACCUGAAGGAGCGUCUCCACCUCCUAUCAUUCAGCCCGGACACUGAGGUCCAGCGCCGAGAGCCUUCAGGUGGUUCCCUCGCUGCGAGAAGCCAAGUUAUAGGGAACCAGGUAGAGGGCCUUCUCGGUAGUGGCGCCCGCCCUGUGGAACGCCCUCACAUCAGAUGUCAAGGAAAUAAACAACUAUCCAACUUUUACAAGACAUCUGAAGGCAUCCCUGUUUAGGGAAGUUUUUAAUGUUUGGUGUUUUAUUCUGUUUUUAAUGUUCUGUUGAAAGCUGCCCAGAGUGGCUGGGGAAACCCAGCCAGAUGGGCGGGGUAGAAAUAAUAAAUUAUUAAAUUAUUAUUAUUAUUACAGUGGUACCUCGCAAGACGAAUGCCUCGCAAGACAAAAAACUCGCUAGACGAAAGGGUUUUUUGUUUUUUGAGCUCCUUCGCAAGACGAUUUUCCCUGUGGGCUUGCUUUGCAAGACGGAAACGUCUUGCAAGUUUGUUUCCUUUUUCUUAACACCGUUAAUACAGUUGCGACUUGACUUCGAGGAGCAACUCAUAGAACGUGGUGUGGUAGCCUUUUUUGAGGUUUUUAAAGACUUUGGUGAUUUUUGAAGCUUUUCCAAAACUUUCCCGACACCGUGCUUUGCAAGACGAAAAAAAUCGCAAGACGACAAAACUCGCGGAACGAAUUAAUUUCGUCUUGCGAGGCACCACUGUACACUGGUCUUAGGUGGGGUUACACUUCCAUCGAAGGACUAGGUAUGGAGCUUGGGAGUGCUCUUGAAUCCACUGCUGUCCACCAAGGCACUGAUAGCUGCAGUGGCCCAGAAUUCAUUCUGCUACCUCAGGCUGGUAGGGUAGCUGCAGCCCUGUCCAGAUUGGCAUGGCCUUGGCUUGGUCAUUCAUGGUCUGGUUACCUCCAAAGCGAACUGCAACACUGUGCUUUCUGUGUUGUUGUCUCUGAGGACAACUCAGAAACACCAGCUAGUGCAAAAUACAGCCAUCAGGAUACUAAUGAGCUCCAGAAGGUCUAAACGUGUUGUAUCACUUUUGUGCCAUUUUCAAUGGCAAUCAAUACAUUUUGGGGCCUUAUUCAAAGUGCUAUUAACUUUUUAGGCCAUAAAUGGUUUGGGGCCAGAUUAUCUCAAUGUACCCAUGCACCUAUAUGGCCUUUCCCAUAGUGUAAAUUCCUCAAGACCACUAACAUUCCUGGAUUUGGGUCUGAUUGCUUGGUAAUUCUGUUUUUUGUUAACAGGUGGAAGUUGUUCAGCCUCGGCCAGGUUGGGUUGAACUGGAUCCUGAAAGACUGUGGACACAAUUUGUUGGUGUGGUUAAAGAGGCAGUUCAAGGUAACCAUGAAACUCAACAUUAGUGGCUCUUCCAAAACCUGUGACCUUAUGUGGCUGGAGAUAGCUUGGCUACAAUUACCCUUGCUCUGGUAACCUCCUGCUUAGACUAUUGCAGUGUGUCAUAUGUGACUCUGUCAAUGGCCUGGAAGUUGCCAUGGUCCAGAAUUGGGCCACAACAGUAUUUCCUUGGAAGUUUGCUGAUGCUUCUGCUUUGUCUGCAUUCCAGACCCAAAGUACAGGGUUUAACCUUUUAAAACUCAAAACGACUCAUGACCAGGUUUACCGAAAGAUCACUCAUCCUAUAUUAACAUUAAGAUGGGAUAUAACAUUGAAACCCCUUUAAUGUGCUUGUAUAUCCCACAUUGUUACCUUGUGAUGUAUGCCAGUUAAUUUGGACCACAUAUUGGAGUAUCUCAACAAAAAUUAUGGGAUCACCACCUGGAGGAACUACUAGAAAUUUUACUACUACUACUACUACUACUACUACUAUUAAUGCAUGCCCCACCCAUCUGGGCAGCUUCCAGUGCAUAUAAAAACAUAAUAAAAUGUCAAGCAUUAAAAACUACCUGAUACAGAUGUAUUCUAAAAGUUGUGUAGUUCUUUGUCUCCUUGACAUCUGAUGGGAGGGCAUUCCAUACAGAGGGCGCCACUGCCGAUAAGGCCCUAAUUGACUCCCACCACUUGGUGAUUGCACAACUCACCAUCUCCAUUUUAGGACCACAUGAAGAGGGACUUCCAAGUAAGGGGAGGAUCCUGGCCCAAUCAGAGUCCCCCCUCAUGGGAAGUAUCUCUGCACAUCUACAUUGGUGCAUGUGUAGAGCCUCUUUGCAUAUAUUCUGAAUGUGUGGGUGGUGAGGUUGUGGUCACCAGCCACAUGGAGAAGUUGUCUGAGCCCUAUAAAGAGGGAGACAUAUUCAUCGCUUUUAGUAAAGGAACACACUCUCCCUUGAGACUUGCCAAAACUAAGCAACUUUUACUGCUCAAGGCUAAAGAACAUUUAAUGUGAUGAAAUCUUAUUCUGCUUUGCUGGAAGUGUUAUGUACUGAAGUUCUCACCCUGGGCCAGCAGUGGGAUACUGUAGAUAGUUAUGCAAAUGAAGGAUCGAAAAGUGAUGUUCAGUGAUUGGAUAGUUUUAGAACGUUGCAACAGUUACACUUGUGCUGUAGCUCUAUAUAAGAGGCUGACUGAGCUCCUCAGCUUAGUUCUGUUCCAGCUUACAAAAUAAAGAGCUGCUUUGGAGAAAUCGCUGUGUCGUCUGCUAUGUCAACCCACAACUUAACAGGAAGCUAUGGUUUUGCGCAGCCUUCCUGAUCUCUUACAAAUAUAAAUAUCUCUGUUCUCUAAUGCUCAUAUAACUUAGGACAUUCUGUUACAGGUCCGUGUUACUAAAAUUCAAAGCUGUGUGUGCAAAGUAUCUCUUCCUACUGCCAAAGAAGCAAGCAUUUUUAUUUAUUUUUUGAAGUUUUGUACAUGACUCUCCCCAACACUCUGCAUGUUCUUUGAACCACAUGUCCAAGACUGUUUCAGUGGCCAUAUUGUUCAGCUGAAUGAACAGCUGGCUUUUGUUAAGUUGCUGAAUAAAGUGGAAUGAAAUUCUUUAUGAAUGAGUAUGGGUGAAUAGCUUCUAAUACUAAGGCUACGUUACAGCAGUUGUUUCAUAAAGUUCACUUCUCAGUGUUUGAAUUUUUCUUUUAGCUGCUGGAGUGAAAAUGAAUCAAAUUUCUGCCCUUGGACUCUCGACACAGCGAGGAACUUUCAUUACGUGGAACAAGUAUGUAGAGUGGUUAUAAUAGAUGUUUGUAACCCUCAAAGACAAGCUUGUAAAUGUGUUUGUUUUUAGAUGAGGCUGUAGUUGUGCUGUGAAGCAGAAGUAGCUGCUCCUAAGUGUGUGUAUGUAUGUAUGUAUGUAUGUAUGUAUGUGUCUAUCUGUCUUUGCAUCAAAUGUUCCUGCAGGGUUGAGAAGCUAGGAGCCCUUACCCGCCCUUUCAUUUUCUGAUGACAUUUAUUUCAAAAGGCAGUUUUAAAAGGUUGACCAUCACCUACAGUGAUGGUCUGACAUUAUUCUGCCAGUCAAUCUCUUAAAGACAUGAACUGUUUCUAAAUAUGCUGUCUAAUUUGCCACUUAAUAUGCAGAUACAGAAGGUGGCAAAUUGUAGGUUCCUCCUCCUCAAAAAAAACAAGAGCAGGUAGCCUUGGAAUGUUGGGGUUGAGAGAAAGCACCUCAGCCAACCUAAAGGUGACUAUUAGGACAUCUUUGCUGUAUUCUACACAGUCUCUCAUUUAGAAUCAUAGAAUCAUAGAGUUGGAAGAGACCACAAGGGCCAUCGAGUCCAACCCCCUGCCAAGCAGGAAACACCAUCAGAGCACUCCUGACAUAUGGUGGUCAAGCCUCUGCUUAAAGACCUCCAAAGAAGGCGACUCCACCACACUCCUUGGCAGCAAAUUCCACUGUCGAACUUUGCUGGGCUCUGUGGAACUUCUGCCUGAUGGGAACUGAUGGGAGCAAAGUACAGUGUUGCUUCCUGAUUGCUCUUAAAAUAUGACAUCAACCACCUCAAGAUGUUUUCACCAGAUAGGCUUUUUUGCUUGGAAUACAAAAAUAAGGAGGAAAAACAGGCAGGGACUUCUGUUCUGUGUGCCCAACUUCUUCUUACUACCCAUACAGUUUGGGUAUGGUAACACUGCUCAGUCCAACUUUAAGUGUGGGUUAUAACUGUCAGAAGGGGUAUAGCAAUAGGUGUAUUCAGUCUUUUAAACUGUAAAGUGAGUAAAUCUUGCAGAAGUCUGAUUAUGUUCCAGGAACAUAGUGUGCAUUGCUCCAGAGACUUUAAAAAUUAAGCUGACUUGGAUGGUUUUGAAAAGAGGUUAAAUUUCUUUAGAGCAAAUAAAGCUUCUGAUUCUCUGUGAUCAAAUAAGUAGCUUAAACUUCUUAUUUUCUAUGCAUGUAAACACAGCACAGUGUAAAGCAUUAAAGCUCUUUUUUUUAAUGAGAUUUAUGGGGGGAGAGGGGUUUGUUUGUGCUUUCUCGUUCUUGUUUUUAUUAGGUAUUUUGUUACGUGUUUUGUGUUUAAACCUGUGUUUUUAUGUUGUGAACUGUCCUGAGAUCUACGGCUGAAGGGCAGUGUACAAAUAUAAUGAAUUUUAAAAUAUACAGUAGUACCUCGGGUUAAGUACUUAAUUUGUUCCAGAGGUCCGUCCUUAACCUGAAACUGUUCUUAACCUGAAGCACCACUUUAGCUAAUGGGGCCUCCUGCUGCUGCCGCGCCACCAGAGCACAAUUUCUGUUCUCUUUCUGAAGCAAAGUUCUUAACCCAAGGUACUAUUUCUGGGUUAGCGGGGUCUGUAACCUGAAGCGUAUGUAACCUGAAGUGUAUGUAACCCGAGGUACCACUGUAAUAGUAAAUGAAUGUAUAGAAAAUAUUGAAUUUAGGAUUGUGCUACUAAAACCAGGUGGGGUUAAAUAAUGUUACCUCUUAGGUCAUAGAGCCAUUUUGAUUUCAGGUGAAUUAGCGGUGUUGCACACAUACCCCUCUCCCUCCUCUCCCAAAAUGUGCACCCUCAAAAUGUACACCAGAGUGGAUUUUGAUGGUGCACAGUGGGCUGCAGGGAAAAGUUCCAUUGCACAAGUGAACUUUGUUGCACUAGUGGAACAGUAGCCCUGGUCAUGAACCAAAGAGUUUCUGCAUUCAAGCAUGCCAUCUCCCACUUGCAGUUUGAAGUUAUUUAUUGCUGGUUUGCAACAUGAGUCAGUUGCUUAUGUUUCUCCUUCUGGAAAUGAGCCAAGAGUGAGCAAAAUUUAGUAAGCGCCAUUCACCACCAUGCCUAGUCAUUGCCCAGCCAUGAACUACCUGUCUGGCCUUCAGGUAAACUGUUAUAUCUGCAUCAGCUCUUUUGCCACCAUCACUUUGGCCCAAUCCGGAAUCAGUAGUAUGGGGAUAAUUGGACUGGUCUAGCUUGCACUUUGUGCAUUGAGUACUUUUCAUAAAGUUGGUGAUCUCUUCCACCUUUUUCAGGAAGACAGGAAAACCUUUUCAUAACUUCAUAAGCUGGCAAGAUUUGAGAGCUGCUGAACUUGUAAAGUCCUGGAACAGAUCUCUUACAAUGAAGGUGAGGUAGCAUUGAUACCUUUACUAAAAUACAGAGGAGUAGGUAUGAAGGUGUACCCUGACUUCAAAGCACCAAAACUUGGCCCUCCAGAUGUUUUGGGACUACAACUCCCAUGAUCCCUAGCUAACAGGACCAGUGGUCAGGGAUGAUGGGAAUUGUAGUCCCAAAACAUCUGGAGGGCCGAGUUUGCCUAUGCCUGACCAAGAGGAAUGUUAUGAUUUGUUGUGGUGUUCCCAAGAAGCAUGAUAGUAUAUUGCCAAGAAGCCAUAGCGGUCAACUUACAGAUUUGAAAAUAAGGGACCAGCAGCCUUGAAAAUAAGGGACCAGCAGCCAAAAUAAGGGACCUGCAGCCUCACCUGUUCCAGGCACUCCAGUCUUCCUGUCCUCCUGCAGUCUGGUCAAACUCAUGCUGGUAGCUUCGAGAACACUGUCCAACCAACUUUGUAACCAGAGGUUCAACUGAAUAGAAUCUGAAUCACAUGCACCACAAGCCUAUGCAGCCUCAACUUAAGAUGGCUCCCCGGCCUGGCUUUGCACUGCAAAGUUUGCAGCAGCACGUGCAACAAAAUGGCGCCCAGCAUUCAAAAACCUCCUCAGCUUGCAUUAACUAGCUGCACACAAGGCAUGCAAGCUCCACCCCCCAGUCGUUCUUAGACUUCUUAUUGGGUGAGCAACACAGCCAAGCAACACAGUUGGAGCCUCCCUCCUCCCUGGCCGGCAGGGAGGGAGGGAGAGGAGCUGCUUGCUUUGAAAUUUAAGGGACAUCAUUUAAGGGACAUUUAAGGGACAUCCAUCAAUAAGGGACAGCAGUGGGACAUGGCGCUGAAAUAAGGGACUGUCCCUUCAAAUAAGGGACACUUGACAGCUAUGCUAAGAAGCAUGUUAGUAUACAGUGGUACCUCGGGUUAAGUACUUAAUUCGUUCCGGAGGUCCGUACUUAACCUGAAACUGUUCUUAACCUGAAGCACCACUUUAGCUAAUGGGGCCUCCUGCUGCUGCCGCACCGCCGGAGCACGAUUUCUGUUCUCAUCCUGAAGCAAAGUUCUUAACCCGAGGUACUAUUUCUGGGUUAGCAGAGUCUGUAACCUGAAGCAUAUGUAACCCGAGGUACCACUGUAUUGCCAAGUCCACAUCAGAAGAUCAGUGAUAAAUCUCUUAACAUUUUUCUACAGCUAAAUGCUUCUUUGAGGUGAGGCGCUACUUUGACCAGAGAAGAAGUGGGACGGGGAUUUCUCCUAAUUGAAAUUGAAAGCCCUUCUAUUGCCCUAACCCCUACAUAUGGAGCAAAUAACAGCUUGAAGGAGCUAAUCAUCUCUUCUCUCCCACCCAUCAAGGAGUUGCAUUCAGCGAUUAUUCACCAGUUUGCCUUCUGUGCCAUGUAUUUUGGCUUUGGGGGCCAGGUUUCAAACUAUACAGAUUCUAUAAAGCAAGACUUGGUUACUUUUGCCCGCAUGACGAUGUUGGUAGUCUGGUCUUCAUGAGGUGCACAGAUACGUUCUCAGCUCUGAAAAGAAGGGGAUUAAAUGGAAGAUGACCAAAGUGGUGCCCUCUAGUAGUUCCUGGCUGCAUCCUCCCCAAUUAUUGGCUGUGUUAGCCAGGACUAGUGGAAAUUGGGACUCGCAUGGUACAGAAUAUUGGACUAGUUCCAAUAGCCUCCCAGCAGUUUCUUUGAAAGUUGUCCCCUCACUCUUUCAUAUAUAAAAGUCCAGCAACAUCAGGACAGCACCACGUUUUCUACCUCUGGGUUAAAUUACUCAGCUGUUCCAUUCAGACUCGGGCUUGGUUUGCAUGUGUAGCGGUAUGAAAUUGUAGAGUGCCAAGGCAGAAGAAUGAUUUGUGACACUUCAAAAUUCAGGUUGCUGCCCUAUUUUUUUAAAAAAGAAAAUCUUCAUGCAAAGGAAAAACCAGCAAAGCUGGUAUUAGAUUUUUGUUUGCAUGAAGAUUUUUUUUAAAAAAACAAGGGUACUUUGAAACAUGCAAUUCCCCACCUGCAGUGGAGCAGGUAGUUCUACCCCAUGAUUUCUUCAUUCUCCAACAUGUAUAGACCACCUCUCAAAAUGGCUGCCAGAGGUCCUACCCCUCACCUGGGAACUGGCCAACCGAGUUGGCUUCUCAUUGAGCAGUAUGGGAUUGCUAGUCCAACCAGUUACUGAACAGGCUAACUUCAUUGGGACUCGCAUGGUACAGAAUAUUGGACUAGUUCCAAUAACCUCCCAGCAGUUUCUUUGAAAGUUGUCCCCUCACUCUUUCAUAUAUAAAAAUCUUAUCAGUGCUAUUUUUCUAGAAAAAGACAUGCCGGAACUCACCAUGAAUGCCUCUCUUGUUCUCUUAUAAUGGCAAUGGUGCCCACCUGAGAGGUGCCUGAGUUCCGGUGAGUUCUGGCUGAAAAAAAGGCCCUGCUUCUAUAUAUACAUUAUCUUCACUUGAAUUGCUUUGUUCAUAGAUUGUGUGUAUGGGUAAUUUCACCCAAACCCUCCCAAAUGAAGUUUUGAUAGAAGCCCUAUAGGAGAGAAUACCAAGUAUUUAUCCACUUGAUCUUUUUUUCUUUCUUCCUUUUUUGGAACAGGCAGUGCAUGCUGUUUGUUCCUUCUUUCACUUUUUCACUCGGAGCGAUCGCUUUCUGUUAGCGAGUUGCCAAACGUUCACAACACAGCAUGUCUCUUUAAGACUGGCUUGGAUUUUACAACAUCUACAGGAGGUAAGCCUUGUCUUACUAUUCUCUGUAAUGAGCUUUGUACGGGCUGGCUCUUUAUUCCGGCAGAGGAACCUCUUUCAGGAUGGUAGUCAUAAUAGUGCAAUGUGUACUAUAUGCUAAAUUUUAUUAGAAAAUGUCAACUGCUUGUUUUUAUUUAUUUAUUUCACUCCCCUUUAUAUACCAGCUUUCCACCAAAGCACCUCAGGCUGUUUAUUAUUAGCAUAGCAAUUAGAGUGUUGGACCUAGGACCUGGGAGGCAAUUGCACCUGCUUGUUGUUUUUUAAGAAAGAAAGAAAGAAAGAAAGAAAGAAAGAAAGAAAGAAUACCCAGAAAAUACUUUUGAGCAGUAAACUGGUUUGAUAGAUAAUCCACAACCUUCUAAAGGGGAUAGUUGGGAAACUUGUUCCUUUGGUUUGCCUAACACUAGAUAACAUAAUGUUACUUAGCUCAAUUUUGAUUUUAUUAUAUUUUAUUUUAACUUAACGCUGAAGUGUGUUGUACUUGCCAUCUUGAAAUAAAACACGGUUGGUAUGUGUUUGCUUUCAGGUAGAACAAGCAAGUAAAGAUGACAAUUGCUGUUUUGGAACCAUUGACACGUGGCUACUAUAUAAACUGACCAAAGGUGAGAAGGAUGAUUAAACAGAUAGAAAGCAUGUGGCUUCUUGCAAAGAAGUAGUUGGAUCCAAAGGUUGUGCAAGUGGACUCUGCUCAUACACGAUUUCUCUGCCAGAUACUGAAUGAAUUCCCCCUCCCAUUGCAACCCAUCUGUGGCAUAACCCAUGCUGUUUAAGAGGAUCCUCCAUCCCUUUGGAGAAGCUUUUCAGGAGGUGUCUAGGAUGAGGGGACAAGAAAUAUAUUUUACACAAGCAGCAGCCUUCCACUCAUGCAACAUUUGGAUCAAAACCAAUAUACGUACACUCUGGAAAGGAACAAUGGAAAGAUUCCUCUGCUGAGGCAGCUCUAAUUCUGCCCUGUGGAAAGCUUAAAUUCUGUAAUCUCACAUUAUCUUUGCUGCCUCAUCCCUCAGUUUUCCUGAAUUUUCCUUUUCUGAAAAUUUGCCUUACUGAGUCUUGUUUCUUCCACUGUCCUGGUCCUCUGUGAAAACAUAAUUACUUCCUCCAGACCUAUAUUGCGCUUCUAAAUAAGGUCCGAACUAGAAAUGAUUGCAGCAGACAUGUUUGUUUAAUCCCAUCUGCUGUGCUUACGUGUAAAGGGGGGGGGGUCACAUCAAAGGGAUAUUGGGGUGAGGGAAGCUGAACGCUCUUGUUCUUGACCUCCAUAAUCCAUAUCCCUAACGUGUUUCUCUCAACCUUGUCACUUUCGUUACUGGAACUAGGCAGUGGAGAAAUGUUCAGGUGAGGUAUUCCUCUCCUUCUAAUUUCUUUCCACAUGUCCCUGCUCCAAUUCAUUGAUCUCCCAGUCUCCUUUACUCAAGUAACUUGUCUCUUCUCUCUGCAUGGACGUGGACCCCCUAGCUCUCCCAAUUCCUGUCCUGCCAUUUGUUAUUGUGAGAUGGAGGAGGCAGCUGGUCCCUUAGCCAGGAGUGGUUUCCUGGUUUAGCAGGUGGGAAGAAGAGAGGACAGGUUUUUGUGUGUGUAGGGCAGGGGUCUGAAGGUGCAGCAUCACCCCUGGGUACUUUUUCUCUCCCUCAGCCCAACCACCACUUUUGUCUCUCUCUCUCUCUCUCCUUCCCAUUCUUUGUUCUCCUUCCUACACAUUUACGUUACCUGCUUUCUCCAUCCAUUUCCUCUCCUGUGCCUUUCCUCCCCUCCAGCUUCCGAAUGCUGCAGCCUCACUUUCUCCUCAGCUGUGCUGUGCAUGUGGGGAGCUGCUACUGCUGCUACGGUGGGGUAAACAAAUUGUUAUGUACUGAAGUUCUCACCCUGGGCCAGCAGGGGGAUACUGUAGAUAGUUAUGCAAAUAAGGGGUCGAAAGUGACGUUCAAUGAUUGGAUAGUUUUAGAAAAUUGUUACAGUUACAUUGUACUGGAGCUCUAUAUAAGCAGGCUGACUGAACCCUUCAGUUCAGUUCUGUCCUGGCCUGUGAAUAAACAAGAGCUGUUUGAAGAAUCGCUGUGUCGUCUGAUAUGUUCACCCACAACUUAACACAAAUGGUGGUAGUACUAGUAGUACGUUACUUUGAAUGAACUGCCCAGUUUUGUAGCAGCGAAAAAUUGAAAAGGAUAUCCUCUUAGAAGAAGACGACCGUAAACAAAUGCUUGUCUGCAAUAAUGUGUUUGUGCUUUUCAAGUGAGGUGCUGAGCAGGACUCAGGCCUCCAACAUUAAGUUCCCACAUCUUCACUGUAAUCUUCUUUUUGUGUUUUUGAGCAUUCACUAGUAUUGGUUCCUUUUAGGUGCGGUGUAUGCUACAGACUACUCAAAUGCCAGUACAACAGCAAUGUUUGAUCCCUUCAAGGUAUGACUAAUUCUCUCUGCAAAGCUGCUUCAAUGUUUACUCUGAAUUGCUUUUAACUCCCCCUUUUUCAUAUGCAUGUGAUUUCAGCUGCAGUGGAGUGCGUUCGUUAGCAAGUUUCUUUCCAUUCCAAUAUCAAUUUUUCCCCCAGUGGAGGACACAAGGUUAGUCCUAAGGUCUAAUAAAUAAGUCUCUCUCUCUCUGAUUUAGUAUAGAAGUGGCACACUUUUCACACUUCUAGAAUAUUUGUUUUUUCUUCACUCAUUAUAGUUUUGAUAUGAGGGCAAUAACCUUUAAUGUCUUAUUUUUAUUUUAAGUCAUAAAUUUGGAACAGUUGAUGCUGAGAUAUUUGGAGUGCCUAUUGCAGUAGCAGCUUUGGUAAGUAAAAAAACUUUUUUUUUCCUGUUCCCUUAGAAAUAUGUUUAGAUCCAGUUGGGUACUAUGUCAAGUGUAUUGGUCCUAGUAGAAGUCUCCAGAGAGAACUUUCAAAGUGCAGGUCAGUCUGUGCUGUUUCUGCUACGUCUGGCUGAAAUUGCCUAUUUUGAAGUUCUUAAAAUGGGUGCCAGUUCCUUGGAGUGUGGCAUGCCAGUUCUGUGCAGUACUUUGUUAUCUAAUAAACAAAUUCAGUUCAAGAAAUAGUUCAGCAUUGUAUGUGACGAAUCUUAAAAUCAGCAACUUCCUUCUAUGUCAGUUAUUGUCUUCUGUGUUUACCUUCUCUUUCUCCUUCAAAACAGAGGACAUGCUUUUUCAGUAGCCAUGCGCUUGCCUUUUGAAGCUUUCUCUUUGUUAGAGUGAACUAAAUUCUAAUAUUACACACUUGAGGGAACCUUCAUAUCCCUUCAACCUAAUGGGUUCUAUUCAACACUGUUAGGGGCAUUCUGGGAAAUUGAAAAGCUGGCUAGUUCCUGCCACCUAGUGCUGCUUAAAGUGCCAGGCAAGAAAACAAAUUUAAAGGGAUCCAGGGCAAAGAUUUGUAAUAAGGUCCAGGCAGUUUUCCUAGUAUGCUGGUUGCUGAUGCUGACUCUGGUCUUACUGAAGUAUUAGACAUAAAUGUGGCAACAUUUCACCUGGAUAAUGAACAUUUUUAGCUGGAUAAUGAACACAAAAUAGUAUGCAAAUCCAAUGCCACAUGCAGUUUGAGCCACUGUCAGUCAGUGUAGAAAAUAUUGAACUAGAUGAAGCAAGGCUUUGCCUUGACAUUAGGCGGCUUCCUAUGUUUCCGUUCCAAUUUCUAUUCCUAUUCCUACUCUUAUUCCUGUUACUUUUCUUUUCCUUCCUUCCAAAAAAGGAAAGUGCAUACACUAACACAGAAGCAUAAUUACCUUGACAACCUGGUUUGUUUGUUGUUUGUUUGUUUUGUUUUUUUGUACUGAAGGUGGCAGACCAACAGGCAGCCAUGUUUGGAGAGUGUUGUUUUGAAAGAGGUGAUAGUAAGGUCACCAUGGGGACUGGUACGUUUUGGGAUGUUAACACUGGAAGCAAAAUUCAUGUAUCUACGAAAGGUAAAGCCUAUAUGUUUGCGUUCUGAAAAUGGCUGACAACAAACACUUUAUUUAAAUAUUUAUAUACUGCUAUAUUGUAAAAAAUAAAUAAAUUCAAACCAGUUUACAAUAGCAACUAUAUAUAAAAAGAUAAUUAAAACAAAAACGAAAAACUAGAGAUGACCCACCAACCAAAAUGGAAAGAUAUUGCCUGCAUAAGCCUGGAAAAACAAUAAUUUUAGACACAGUCAUUUUCAGCAUGGAAUGUUGCUUUUAUUUUGUAAUGAGGUUCUAAGGCAACUAAGGAUUGAAUCCUGAGAUAGGUUAACUUGAGGCUGUUCAUGGAAGAAAGGAUUACUGUCCCUUCCUAUCCACGUCAGUCACCUUCCACCCUGCAAAAAACCUCACUGGAGGGUCAGUGAGCCCUUCUGAAUAACGGGGGAGGAGGUGGAAGCUACUUUGUGGCUGGAAGCCAUAGAUAUUAAUAAGAAAAUAUAUAGUUUUUCAAGAUACUCCCUUAGUGUGGCCAACAUCUGUCACAUGUUCAAAUCGUUAUCCCUUUGUGAGAGAAUCUACAAGGAGCUGCUGCUACUAAUAAUGCUUACCAGUAUUUGGAAUAAAGCUUCACAGAUUUAUUCAUUCAUUCAUUCCUACUCAGCCUUCUAGGGCAAACCCUCCCCAGGUGGCUUACAAUAAAAAUGUUAAAACAAUUGAAAAAUAACAAUAAAAACAGCAUAAGGUAAAAUCAUAGAGAUUGAUCAGUCACGCAAACUUCCACCAUCCAUAAUAUUUUUUGUGCUGGGUGCUAGGCUGUGUUAGUCAGCAGUAGGAAGGUGAACGGGCCAAGUGCAGCCCUUUUCUGGCUCCAAAAAUAACAUACUAUGUCCCACUUUCAGUCUUUUUUACAAAGCAGUUCACAAAUCAGUAAAUAUGCUUCGACUUUAGUAACUAGCUCUAAGACCUGGUGGCUUCUAAUAGUAGUUCUAGGGAUUGUAGACAAUGUUCCUUGAUACAGUCAUGAUGAUGGCUUUUGGCAUGCCUCUUUUUUUAAAAAAAAAGAGAAAUAUAUAUAUAAGUGGGCAGUUGAGAAAAAUGAAAAAAACGGAAGUGGGCAGUUCCACCAGGAACAAAUUGUUAGUCAUACCUGGAAUAGCAUUUUGGAUGUCAGAUACUAUUUGUGUAUGUUAGAAAAGUGAAUGUGGCAUAGUGGUUAGGAUGCAUAAUAAACUCAUGUCUUGCAACUUUAAGGCUUGUAUCCAGUGGUUGGUUGGAAGAUUGGGAAAGAGGUGAUCUUCUUAACUGAAGGCAAUACUUCUGAUACUGGGAAUUCUAUUAAAUGGGCCCAAAGCUUAGGUGAGUAGCAUGAAUUAACUCUUUGAGCCUGAAAUAAUGUAGGAUGCAAAGCACAAUCUUAGGACUAUGUUUCUAGUUUUCAAAUGUAGGGGUGAGAUUUAGUGUGUAUUUCUUUAAGUGAGCUGAAGAAUUUUCAGGUUUUCACUUACUGACCUUUUCUCAGUGUUCUGUAGAGGCAUCACUAUAGUUCAAUGGGACACUCCUGCCAGGCAGAAGAAACACUCAGGGGGGCUGCAAAGCAGAGCCAGAAAGGGGUGUUGGCUCCAGAGGGGGCAUGACUUGGAGAGAAUCUUGCAGGCCAGAUUGAGAGACCUAGUGGACUGCUUUUGGAACCCAGGCCUGAGAUUCUCCACUCCUGUCCUAAAUACGUUUACUAGAGAGUGAGCAUCAUGUGCACAAUAAGACUUGCAUCUGAAUAAGCAUACAUAGUAUUGUGCUGGAAGUGAGCAAAAGGGGAGGACAAGAUACAGGGCCAGUCUCAGUGUAGCUGAAGAUCUGCCAUAGCCCAGCCAAUCCCCACCCCCCCAGUAGGAAGUCCCUCGAGAUCCUCAUGAUGCUGAUGCACUGCUACUUCUCCUUGUUGUUGUCACUGCUCUCUCUCUCUGCAUGCAAGCAGUGAUAACUGUGUGAACAGCAUCUUCUGCUUGACUUGCAUUAUCUCUCCAGAGGCUCUAUGGCAGGCAUAGGCAAACUCGGCCCUCCAUAUGUUUGGGACUACAAUUCCCAUCAUCCCUAGCUAACAGGACCAGUGGUCAGAGAUGAUGGGAGUUGUAGUCCCAAAACAUCUGGAGGGCAAGUUUGCCUAUGCAUGAUCUAUGGAAUGGGCACAGAGGGAGAAGGCAAGCAAGCUAGUAGGGGUGAGAGUGGCAAGGAGGUGGGCUCAAGGACCACACAAAACCUGGAGCCAGCAGUGGCAGGAUACCAAGAGAUAAUAUUAACUGAGCUGCCAGUUGCAGGGACUACUACCUGUUGUAGUAAAGAGUGCUCAAGAAUUAUUUUUCUUUUUUUAAUGCAAAGAGUGUAAACCUUUGAUUUUAGUCGAAAGGGGGAAACUUCAAAAUUUGGGAAAUAGUAACCUUCCUGUUGUGUGUAUUUUUACAGGUCUUUUUACCAAUCCUGAAGAGACAUCAAAAAUAGCCCAGAGUCUAGUAAAUUCAGGAGGCGUUUGUUUUGUUCCAUCGUUUAGUGGAUUGCAGGUAAAAUGACUUGAUUGAUUUGCUGAAGUGACAUUGGCUUCCAAAAUAUAUGUGAUCAUAAAAAAGAAAUGCAUUUCAUUCAGCCUUCAUAGUUUCCACUUUUCAUUGGUUGUAAAAUUAUCUUGCGAACAGUGGUGCACUGCUUAUUGCUCUUAAUUUCCUUCUUCUUACUAUGCUGCCUCUUUAUUUGUAAUUUGUAAGUUAUUUUUUCCUUAUAAUUUCAGUCCAUUCUUAGACAUCUGCCAUCAGAACAAAUUCCUGCAUAUCUUAUUUUCAUAUCUUUUUAUUUUAGAUCCCAAUGAAUGACCCUUUUGCAUGUACUUCUUUUAUGGGGAUCACAUCUUCCACCACCAAAAAACAUCUUGUUCGAGCUGUGUUGGAAUCUAUAGCGUUCAGGUACUAAGCCAGCAUAUCCCAUUAAGUCUCCAACACAUGCUUUUGCGCUAUUAUUUGAUUAUACACAUUCCAUCACUCUGUGCUGCUCUGAGUUCUGACAUGCCUGGUUCCUACAGAGUUCACAGGGUUACAGAAAAAUUAUACCAGGGUCUGUGGGCCACACUCCAGUUUCCACAAAACGUUGUGGAUCUCUACUUACAUGCUUUCAGUUCAAAGCAGCUCACUGUCUUGCAAACCAAGGCAGGGAAAAACCCCUCUCAACCAUAUAAAGCAGACAGUUAUUCUUUGUGCAGUAUUUCCCCUUCCAGUGUCAUAUAACUGAUAGAACCUGUCUGAAAACAGUGUCCCUUCCACUUUGCUGCCUAAUCUUUAAAUUCAAACCGAGCAGGGAGAAUGUCAAUUAUAGGCUGCCUUCACUAUGGAAAAGAAAAUUAAAGGCUGGCAAAUACCAAAAGUUACCACUGUUAUUGCUAACAUUUUAACAUUGAUGUAAAAGUAAAUGAUUCAAUAUUUUGGUUGCUCAGAAGUUUAAAAUAGGUAUUUGCUCUCUGCUCCUACGAUAACUGGUGUGCCUUGUCAAAUAUUAUUAUUCUCAACUGUGACCUUCUUCUGUUCUGCUGCUGUAGUGGAUAGAGGUCAUACACCAGUAGUAACUGGGAAAUCAUACCCUGCUCUGUGUAGACUAGACUGAUGCUGGGCAGUGUUAGGGACAUUACUGCUGUACGAGGGGUUGUUGGUGUGGCACUCACUGGUGCCAUUCCGCCUGCUGCUAUCUCCUACGACAGAACAUCUCAGCAAAUAGCCUUUCAGUGGGUGCUAGGAGUGAGUACCCACCCUCCCUUCUGUUCUGAACAGCAGAGAGAUGCAGAGCAUUUCUCUCCACAAGCGAGUGCAAAAUUUGGCUGAUGUAGGUGCCUUGUCCCCACUUUUUUGGGGGGGGGGGGAGGUGGGGGGAAUGCCACAUUCCAGAUGUGGCAGACAUGCCACACACCCCACAGCAACCAUUUUGUGCUACAUCACGCCCUGCAACAGCCCUUUUGUGACCCACAAUCCCUUUCUCAAACCCACAUCACUUUCUCAAAAUUCCAGAUGUGCUUACUGACAAAGGCUGGUGCCUCCUUGCCCAGAGGCUUUGAAGUGCUUUCCUCAUUGGGGUUAGGAGCUCCUCAUUGCAGUUUAGUUUCCACAAACGAUGCAAAACUUUUAAACUGAUUUGGUGGCUUGCCCGGUGAUUCUUAGUAAGCCUAUAAUGUUGUUCUGUUCUUUGUGGGUUUGUUGAAUAUGCAGUUUUACUGUCUAAUUUACACCACUUUAGCCUUUGAGAAAGGUAGCCUAAAAUGUUCUCAUGUAAUAAAGAUGGGAAACAUGAAAAGCUAUACAGCUCCAGGUUAUUUUAAAAUAGCUCACUUGAAGCCCAUUAUGAAAACUUAUGAAUUACAGUAUCUCACUAGUUUUGAACUGUGGUUUCUUGUAACUGAAUACUGAGCUUCUGAAGUUCAUGUUACUUUUGUAUAAAUCCUUUAAUUUCUAUUGAAUCUCUUUUGCAAGAAACAAACAGCUUUAUGAUACCAUCGCAAGAGAAAUUGACAUCCCACUUACGUCCAUUCGGUAUGUUCAUUUUAUCUCUUACAAUGUCUGUGUAAAUUUUUCUUUUAUGUGGAGCCAUCCAUUGAUUUAAGAUGCCAGAUAGAUAGCAAAACUUCCCAGCUGCCUUUAUGUUGUUGAAAACGCUAGUGAGCAGCCUUGUGACAUAAUGUUUUGGAAAAUUGUAGAUUUCCGAUUUACAUUACAGAAGUGUAGGAUGUUGUUAGUCUGACGGUCCUUUUCAUGGGCAAAAGAUCUAAAAUUGUAUGGGGAAUCUUUUUCAGUCUGAGGGCCAUAUUUCUUCAUGGGAAACCUCCCAGAGGUGAUGUUCCUUCCAUAACAGGCAGGGCCUCUUCCAAAUAUGUGCAGGGACAGAGCCAUCCCAUGUUCUUCCUCACAAUACACACUCGCCAUCUGUUCAUUCAUUUCCCUCUCCCAUGUUUCUCUCCCCAGCUGCCUCCAUUCCUCAUCCAGCACAGCACUUAGGCUUACAAAAAUCUCCCAUUGUUAUCUAUGAAAACUUUUUUUAAAAAAACUAAUUACAGCCUUUAAAAUAUUUGUUUGGUUGAGGCUCCUGUUUCCUUCUGUAGAGCAAAGACAUUUGGCACGACUGAGGAUGGACUGGCUACCUAAACAGCAUAUAAUCUAAAUCAGACAGAAUUUCCAGAAUCCAAGCAUUAAAAGAAUAUGCCUUUUUCCUUCUCCCCGCCCCCUCUCUCUCACAGAGCUGAUGGAGGUGUCAGUAAAAAUAAUUUUAUAAUGCAGAUGACGUCUGAUCUGAUUAACAAAACAAUAAACAAGUCUGUUUGUACAGAUAUGUCUUGCCUUGGAGCAGCUUUUCUAGCUGGCCUUGCUGUAGGUAUGUAGUAUUCUGAAAUGUUGUUUUUCUCAUGCUCUUUCUCCAUGUUUUCCAUAUCAUAACUGAUUUCUGGGUUGCAAACAUCAGCAACGUUUUGCCUCUAAAUAUUCCCAGAAGUUCAUGUUCCUUAUUUUUUCACCUGAAUACAAACUAUCUCAUUGUGCUACUACCUGCAUAAAUAUACUCUAAUUUGGAUAGCAACUAAACACUGCAGAUUCCACUGUGCAGAAAACCUUUUCUUACCAGAUACUCCGGAAUGGGAGGUUAUCAAAGAAAUUACAUGCAAGCAUGUGAGAUUUAAGUAUGGGGAUACACACAUGUACCUGAUGUAUUGUUUUGUAAAGAAAUUAAGUUAGUUUAAAGCAAUAUCAUUCAUAGCAUAAGGCAAUAAUAAUAAUAAUAAUAAUAAUAAUAAUAAUUUAUAUCCUGCCCUCCCCAGCCAAAGCCGGGCUCAGGGCGGCUAACAACAGUAAAGUAAUGCAGCAUUCUAAAAUCAAUUCAUUCUAAAAUCAGUUCAAAAUCAAAUUAAUGGCAACCAUUGGGCCAAAGUUCUGUGAGGAUUACCAAAGGAGGGGGGGUCAGACUGUGCCCUGGCCAAAAGCCUGGUGGAACAGCUCUGUCUUGCAGGCCCUGGGGAAAGAUGUCAAGUCCUGCAGGGCCCUGGUCUCUUGUGACAGAGCGUUCCACCAGAUCGGAGCCACAGCCGAAAAAGCCCUGGCUCUGGUUGAGGCCAGCCUAACCUCCCUGUGGCCCGGGACCUCCAAGAUGUUUUUGUUUGAAGACCGUAAGGUCCUCCGUGGGACAUACCAGGAGAGACUGUCCCGUAGGUACGAGGGUCCUAGGCCUUAUGGGGCUUUAAAGGUUAAAACCACCACCUUAAACCUGAUCCUGUACUCCACCAGGAGCCAGUGCAGCUGGUAUAGCACUGGGUGAAUGUGAUCCCACAGCGAGGAUCCCGUAAGGAGUCUCGCUGCAGCAUUCUGCACCCGCUGGAGUUUCUGGGUCAGUCUCAAGGGCAGCCCCACGUAGUUAUGUCUUAUGUUAUGUCUUGGGUUGGAGUCACCCAGUCAUCUUGACCUCAUCUUGAGAGAUAAGUGCUGUGGGAGGGCGGUAUAUUUUAUGGUUUCAUGAAAAGCUGGACAUUGUGGAGGGGAGAAUCUAAAAACAGAAGCCUACGAUUCAGUUAAGCAGGACACAAUGACUACUGGCCAUGAUAGCUAUUUUCCACAGUAAUGCUUUCUCAAUGCCAAUUGCUGGAAAGCACAGGAGGGAGAGUGCUCUUGUGCUCGGAUCCUGCUUGCAGGUUUCCCCACAGGCAUCACAGGACUAGAUGGGUCACUGGCCUGAUUCAGCAGGUUCUUUCUUAGGUUCUUUCAACACCUUUAGGUGUUAAACACUAUGACACCAAUAAAAUGUUUUGGCUCCAGUCCUAUCUCCAAGGUUGGUCCCAGAGGACAGUAUGACUUCUGCUCAGCCUGGGGGAAUUAUUUUGCAGGAGCCUUCAGGGUUCAAUCUUGUCACCAGUGCUAUUCAACAUCUAUUUGAAGCCAGGAUCUGUAGCACAGUGCCAACAGUAUGCUAGUGCGACCCAGCUUUAUCUUUCUGUUCUGUCAGUACCGGAAGGGGUUGUGCUGGUCCUAAAGCAAUGUCUGGAAGUGAUAAUGGGCUGGAUGUGUGCCAAUAAAUGAAAGAGAGGUGAAUAUGUGGUUCCUGAGUACGGGGGUUGUCAGAACAGCCCUGUCCUUGAUGGAGUUGAGUUCCCCUUGAAGGAGCACCUGCAUAGUUUGGGGGUGCUCCUUGAACCAUUAUUGUCACUUCAGGUCCAAGCAGCCUUGGUGGCUAGGCAUGCCUAGAUUCAUCUUUGGUUGGCGUGUCGACCAAGGCCUUCCAUAAAUAGGUAUAGCCUGGCUAUAGCCACCGAUGCCCUGGUAACCUGCAUGCUAGACAACUGUAACAUGCUCUACCUGGAGCUGUCCUUGAAGAUCACUCGAAAAUUGCAACAAGUAUAAAAUGUGAUGGGCAGAGUGCUUAUGGCAGGCCCCGUACAUGGAACUCCCAUUGAAAAAAGUAACUGAUUAUCAGCUAUUUUUCUGGGCCGAAUUCAAGGUGCUUAUACUUAACAGUUAAAGCCCUGAAUGGACUGGGGCCCUGAUAAGGAAAAAUGCUUCUCCCAUGCUAACUUGUCCAUACCUUAAAUCAAUAAUAAGGCCCACCUUGUGGUCCUUGUGCAGGAUGAAAUACCUGAGUACAACAGCAGGGCACUGAGUGCAACAGCACUCUCUCCACUUGUGAGUCCAAGCACUUAAUAUCCAGAGGCAUACUGCUCAUAGCCAUUGUGGCUAGUAGCCAAAGAUCUCCUUCUCCUCUACAAAUUUGUCUAAUCCUCUUUUAAAGCCAUCCAAGUUGGUGGCCAUCACUACAUACCAUGGGAGUUAAUUCCAGCUAUGCACCGUGUAAAAGAAGCAUGUGAUUUUGUCCGUCUGAAAUCUUCCAGCGUUCAGCUUCCUUGGGUGGGCCCAUGAUAUGGUGAGACGAAUUCCAGAUGCAACAUUUAUGUUUUUCAGCUUGGGAGUGAUUAUUAUUUUUUUGUUUUGCUACGUUUGUUUCUAGGAUUCUGGAAGGACAAAGAGCAACUGAAACAGCUGAGGCAAACUGACAUAGUUUUUAAGCCUCAAAAGGAGCCGGAGGAAUACGAACCAGCCAUGAGCAACUGGGUGAAAGCUGUUCAACGUUCUCUCAGUUGGUACAGCCAGACAUCAUAGAAAUGGGGUUAUUGCAAAAUGUUAAAUUAAUAUUUUAGAUUAUAUUUAUAGGACAAUGCAAACACAACUGCAGUUCUGUUUUAGAGUUCAUUUCUGCUUCUUCCGUGAGGUUAAUUAAAACAUACCAGCUGCCCCUCUGGAAGUAACCACCUUCAAGAGACUGAAUGCCAAAGUUCCCAAGGGGCGACUUCCUGUAAUAGGCUAGUAAAUGUGAUGACAAAGAUACAGUGGUGCCUCGCAAGACGAAAUUAAUCCGUUCCGCGAGUCUCUUCGCCUUGCGGUUUUUUCGUCUUGCGAAGCACGGCUAUUAGCGGCUUAGCGGCUAUUAGCGGCUAUGCGGCUUAACAAACUCGCAAGAACUCGCAAGACGUUUUGUCUUGCGAAGCAAGCCCAUAGGGAAAUUCGUCUUGCGGAACAACUCAAAAAACGCAAAACCCUUUCGUCUAGCGAGUUUUUCGUCUUGCGAGGCAUUCGUCUUGCGGGGCACCACUGUACCUGAAUGCAAAAGUCCUAGCUGAUUUUUUUGUUCUUACAUUACUGUUGAUGUUUUACCUUAACGCAAGAAGCUUCUAUGAUAAGUGGAAAGUAGCAAAAAGCACCUUGUUCUUCCAGACCUGUGAUUUCAUCCAUGUAUUCUGAUCUGCAACCUAGCACAGAAUGUGGCUGCUUGCCCACUGAGAGUUGCCUCACAGUAAGAGGCACUGAGACAACUAAGCUGAUUGACCUCUGCUUUCAGUGAUGAUCUUCACUUCUUUAUCUGUCUGAAAUUAAAGCCUGGCCACCUGGGAGAGAUCAGCUGAAUUGCCAGAUGAUGUUGGGAAUCAGUUAGCAAUCCCCAUGGUAUAUAGGUGAGGAAAGGUUUAGGAAUCCCUGUGGCCAAAGGUAGUGAUCCAUUGCUGCUAAUGCAGAUUCUUGGGAAUCCAGAGAGCCCCAGCCUUUAAUUUUUUUUAAUCCUAUUUAGCUGCUACAUUUAACCAAUUACAGUUGAUGUUUCCAAAUCCAGAGUAGGUCAGGAUUGUCUUCUGCUCUUUUUGGAAGGAAUAUGUCACCACAACUAGAUCUCCCCUCACCCAGUUUAAUUUUCCCUUGUGUUCAUCUGUUUUACUUGCAUUGUUUUAAACUCUACCACAAUUAUUGCUUUCUAUCCGCAAAUACAACCUGAAUAUAAAACAGAUAGGGUAGAGCGUAUGUGAAAUUGUGCUUGUGCAUCUAAUGUUUUUGUCAGCAGCAUUUAAGCCCAAACCCAGUUUAAGAAAAAGCAAACCCACCAAGGGGGUUUUAAAUAGAGUACAAGGAGUUAUUCAAAGGGGAAAUUGCAGUCUACUUCGAGGUACAAUAACUUCAUGCAAUAAUUGUAUAGUUGUUGUGUGUAAUGCAGAAGUCUUUGCACAGGCUACCGCUUCUUGUUACCGGGAAAUUGCACCCAUACUUCAUCAUUGUGUCACUGGGAAAGCAUUUUUCUUCCAGCUAGAAUAUGUAUAUAUUUUUUGCAGAUCAACCCUGUAUAAAAUUGUGGCCAAAGAGUUAUGGAUAUCUAUUGGCUAGUGACAAGUCUCAUGCAAUUUUAUGUACUCUCUAAAAACAUAGGAAGUUGUCUUUCAUUGAGUCAGACCAUUUGCCCAUCUAGCUCAGCACUGCCUACCAUGGCAGGCAAUGCCUCUGCAGGGUUUUAGACAGGAUCCUUUCCAAGUUCCAACUGGGAAUGUUGGGGAUUGAACCUGGGACAUUUUGCAGUGAAAGCAGAUGCCCCUGCCAUUGAGUGAUGGCCCUUCUAAAGUGCUUCUGUUUGGUUUUUAUUUUGGGUGGUGGUAAAAUAGGCUUUAUAGCAAAGGGAAACGAAUCUGUGGCAGAAUUCUCUCUGGGGCCAGGAAAAUGAGUUGGAAGGCCACCCCCAAGGGUCAUCUGGUCUAAUCCCUUACAAUGCAGGAAUCUCAACGACAGCAUCCAUGACAGAUUUUGGCACCCGAGGCAAACAACAGAAUGGCAUCCCCCACCUCUCCACCAGGGAAGAAAGAGUGAGUGAAGAUCUACAUCAGGAACAACGGCGGGGGAAAUAAAGCUACACAUCAGGAUCUGCUGCCCCUGGGGAUCCUGCCGCCUGAGGCGGUCACCUCACCUUGCCUCAUGGGUGGGCUGGCACUGGCUUUCAGGUGUGCAAAGGGGAUCUCCAAGCUCAGUAUACUCUCUAUAAAGCAGUACUUACACAUAUUCCAUCCAGAUAGGCUGGGCUGCCGGACUGAUGCCACUUUGAUUCUGAAAGUCAACUAUCCUUUUCAUCACUCUCAAGAACUUUUCCUUUCUUUCACCUCCUACCCAAGCCUUCCCAUCCCUUAGGACACACACAACAUAACUUUGAAUGCGAGGAGAGCACUUUGAUCUUCAAAGGCAUUCAGACAAAUAAACACUCUUAUGUCCUUCCACAUCUACCAUACAAAUUAAAAGCACAUGAUCCAUGCUAGUUCUGCACAAUAGUGACUAACUUUUCAUCCUCGUUAGAAUUGUUAGGGAAGAAUUCUGGUUUUUCCUGCCAUUUGUCACCAUGCAAUGGUCUUAAGUGCCUGAAUGAGAAUGGGGUUCAAACUGGAAAUUUUCUGUGACAAUCUGUACUAAUUAUUUUUAUCUGCCCAUAGCCAGGGCAUCUUGUGAACUGUGUUGUGUAUUUGUAAAAGGUUUUAUUUUUAUAUUGGUCAGUUACAGGUGUGCACUUGUUCCUUAUUAUGGACUAUUGUACAUGGGUUAACAUGACUUUGUGUAUGUGUCUAUACACAUUUGAGAAACCCAGACUAUGCAAUAUGUGUGCACAAGAACUGAAGGUUUAUGGAAUAUUUCUUCAUAUUGUAGGCCAGUUCUAUGGCAGAAUGUUUACUUAUAAACUGUUACUCAGCUGACUGUCUCUACCUUGCAGAGAUACUAAUAAGAUUUCUAAUUCAUUAAUAAAAUCUUAUUGCACUGCUCUGAAAAAGUGGAGAUUGUCUUUUUUUUAAUUAUAUCUUAUUAAGUUUCAACAUUUUUAGCCUAUAUAAUCAAAUCACGUCUUUUUUCUUAUUUUUGUCAACUUCCCACCACAUUUUCCUUCUUGUUGUUUCUCCCCUUCUGCUGCACCUUAUAAAAAAAUGGAGAUUGUCAAUAUUGGUCCCCACUGUCUGUGUUUGAGACCUCUGUAAUAGUUUCAAAGUUAUGAAUAACUUAUUAACCAUAUGAAGAAUUAAAAUUUGGAUAUAUAACUACAUAUAUAAUGUACUAGUUCACCAAUCUUUUAGUAUUUGUUCCGAAAAGUGUUCCCCCCUGUUAUGAAAA